UUUUUUGCGAAGAGAGCUGGAAUUUUUUGCUGCCCCCAAAACAAAGACAGUCACAGUGGUUGGCAAGGUGGGUGGCUGAAGCCGCACAUUUCAAUAUUUUGCUUGUUCCUAUAACUUUUUGACCAUGGCAUAUCGAGCCCCCCCAGCAGAACUUUCAAAGCAUGUCUCCCGGCUACUGAAAGGAAAAUUAUUAAAGAAGCCACCAACGUGGUUUGCUGCUGUCAAUGCUGUUCCUCCUGGUCCUUCCAUUAUUCGCUCACAAAAUCCAGAAGUCAACAUCACCGGCCAGUCUGCAUCAGAACAGCAAUUUAUCCAGGCCAAUCGACCGACCGUUCAUACCAGUGUCCGACAUAAGCAAAAGAAUUUGAAAACAAAGGCACCAAAGCCACGCUCCAUCGUUUAUCCCGAAGACCGAUUGAGACGCCAAUUUUACAAGGACCAUCCUUUUGAACUACAAAGACCAAAGCUUUUGGUCGAAACCACAGACGGCAUUAACCGCACUGACUUUAGUCAGCUACUUCUACCAGGAAUGAACCCAGCGCAAGUUGAUGGUGAAGCUGUUAUUAAAUACCAAUUGCAUCUGAUGGUAACUGAAAAUCUGACUGAACGACAGGCAUAUGCUAAGUCAACAUCCGAGUUUUAUGCUAUACGAGCACAAGAAGAAGCUGAAAAGCGAUUGGCACAAUCAAAGAUCACUAAUGUCUUUGAAGCACUGGCUGCUAAGAAGCAAACUCAGAGAACUCUUCACCAUGAGGAAAAAAUCAUUGCUGCCAACCGACAGAAAAUGACUGAAUAGACAAACCAAAACAGUGAAUAUAUAGAACAGUUUGACAAUCGUAAUUUCUUCUCCAUAAAAACAUUAUUGUAAACUUUCAAAUUUGUCAAUACGCC